AAACUGUUUACCGUUAAAACGUUUUGCUACGACAUGGAUUAAUGAAUACAGCCCAGGGUGACAACGCCGAUGACUUUCUAUGAACAUGGCCGCUCAAGAUGAACUCAAUCAACUGGAGCGAGUUUUCUUGCGUUUGGGCCAUGCAGAGACUGAUGACCAACUCCAGGACAUUAUAUCCAAGUUCCUGCCCCCGGUCCUCCUCAAACUGUCCAGCGUGCAGGAGGGAGUCAGGAAGAAAGUGAUGGAGCUCCUGGUCCACCUGAACAAGAGGAUUAAGAGCAGACCGUUGAUCCAGCUACCAGUAGAGACCCUCCUGGUAACUAAUGAUAACCUCGUUCUCUCUACCAGGUGAUGGAGCUCCUGGUCCACCUGAACAAGAGGAUUAAGAGCAGACCGUUGAUCCAGCUACCAGUAGAGACCCUCCUGGUUCAGUACCAGGACCCCGCCGCAGCGUCCUUUGUUACGAAUUUCACCAUCAUUUACAUCAAGAUGGGUUACCCUCGACUGGAGGUGGGGAACCAGUGUGAGCUGGCACCUACUCUGCUGACUGCUAUGGAGGGCAAGCCUGAGCCCCAACAGGAUAGCUUGAUGCAUCUCCUGAUCCCGUCCUUGUAUCACAUGAAGUACCCAAAGGAUUCUUCCAACUCUUCCAAGAUGGCCUCUCCCUUCAUCCUGAUGGAGAAACCCAAGACGGUUCAGUUACUGCUGGAGUUCAUGUUGGACGUACUGCUGAUGCCCUACGGGUUUGUCCUGAACGAGCCUCCCACUCGCCCAGCUCCCUCAUCCCCUCAGGGUAGCUCUGGGGCAGCGGCGGCCGGACCGGGCCUCCCCCAGCCUCCUCCAGGGAUGAGCGUCUACGCUGCCAAGAGGGUCAUCGGAGAGGCCCAGUGGAGCCCAGAGCAGCUGGAACAGUGUAAACUCGGCAUAGUGAAGUUCAUCGAGGCAGAACAGGUACCGGAGGUGGAGACGGUCAUACACCUGGUGGUUGCCUCUAGCGACACAAGACACGGCGUUGCCACGGCCGCGGACCUGGAGCUCAAGAGCAAGCAGAGUAUUAUCGACUGGAACAACCCCCUGAUCGUCAACAGGAUGUACAAGGUCUACCUGGGAGACAUCCCCCUCAAAACUAAGGGGGCCAGUCUGAAGAGGGAGCUGAAACAUGAGCCGGUCAGCACCAGAGUCAAGAUGAAGAUCCUACCACAUCUCUUACGCUCACGCCUCGCCGCUGAGUGCUUCCCGGCUAACAUACAGGUGGUGUACGACGGUCUGUUUGGCGCCAACACCAACAACAAGCUGCUCUCUCUUACACUUCAGUUUGUUCACCACAUCUGUCAGGUAUGUCCUGACACCAACAAACCACUGGGUCUGAUGCUGCUGAAUGGCCUCACCAAGCUCAUCAACGAGUACAAGGAGGAUCCUAAGUUGCUGUGUAUGGCCUACUCUGCUGUGGGGAAACUGUCCAGCCGGAUGCCCCAACUCUUCACCAAAGAUAUCGCUCUGGUCCAGCAGUUCUUUGAGGCCAUGUGCAAGGAGGAGCCUGAUGUCCGUCUAGCCAUCCAGGAGGCUCUGUCUAUGAUGGUGGGAGCCUACGCUAACCUACAGGGGGCGCUACUGAACCUGAUGGAAGCCCUGGUGGCAGCUUACAUGGGCAAGCCGGAGGUGCAGGUGCGUCAGGUGGCAAUGAAGUACGCCAGCACGGUAUUCGCUCCUGAUCACGUGCCCUCCAGAUACUUGCUCCUAUUGGCUGCUGGGGACCCGAGAGAAGAGGUAUGCAGCGAGGCCCAGCGUGUCUUGAGGGCUCUGCCUGCUAAGAACUCGGAGAAAGAGGGCCGUAAACCCAUGCCCUCAUUCCCUGACAUGGUGGCCUACAUCCAGGAGAAGGCUGCUCAGAGGAUGAAGACGCCGGCUAAGUACAUCGUGGGGACGUACACUCUCCCCUUCAACCCUUCUGCGUUUGGCGAGAUCGUGCUGUACCUGCGGAUGUGUCUGGCCCACAGUGCCGGGGCCACGCCCGUCUCUAAGAGCCUGGCGGACAUGCAGGACGACGCGCCUGCGAUCGGACGCUACACGCACGCCCUGCUCUCCAACGAACCCCUGACCUCCCCGUCCUCCACUGGAACCAAGGGGGCAGAGGUCAACCCUGUGCAGGUCUACAUGGAGCUACUGCAGCAGCUGCUGUCUGCUGUAGGAGGAGUCCCUGUGAUGUACUGUCUCCUGGAGGUGGUGUCUGUCUGUCCUCACAACCUGGCCCCCAUGUUUAUCCACAAGAUCGACUGGAUCAAGAGUCUAAUGAACACCAACAAGGAGGACCUAAGGGAGCUAGCAGCUCAGCUCUACGCUGUGGUGGUGUCCACCAUGUCAGGAAACGAGCUGAAGACUGCCGUUCAGACGCUCAUCAAGAUCACUAAAGAUACACACAGCCCCGAGACCCAGCACGGAGCCAUCAUGGCGCUGGGCUACAUGGUGGCCAGGUACAUGAGCAAGAGGAAGUCCUUCGCUAACGGAGACUCCGCCCUCAACCGGGAACAGAGGAUGAACGACACGCCCAAGGAGGACGAGGAGCUGGUCGCUAUAGCAACCAAAGCCAUCGGCUCUUUCCUAGACAGUGGUUCCCCUCUGCUCGCUGUCGCUGCCUGUACAGCCCUCGGGGAGAUCGGGAGGAACGGGCCUCUGCUCAUCCCUUCAGAAGGAGAGGGAUUCACCAAACUAGCCGUGGUGGAGAAGAUGCUGGCUCGCAUCCCCUCUGGGAAAGAGACCCUCAAGAUGAAGGAGAGAGCCAUCCAGACUCUGGGUUAUCUACCAGUGGGAGAUGGAGACUUUGCCCACCAGAAGAAGCUGCUGCAGGGGCUCAUGGACUCUGUGGAGGCCAAACAGGUAGAACUACAGUUUACAGUAGGUGAGGCCAUCACCAGUGCUGCUAUAGGGACCAGUUCUGGAGCUGCCAGGGACCCCUGGACCUGUACUGAGGAACAAUACAGUCCCCCAGACAAUGUGGAGAAUAACGAUGUGGUUCCGUGGGUGCUGAACUCUAUCCUGGCUAAGUACAUCCCAAGUCAAAACCCCCACGUCAGACAGGCUGCCUGUAUAUGGCUGCUCUCUCUGGUGAAGAAGCUGCACCAGCACAAAGAGAUCAGGUCUCACCUGAAGGAGAUCCAGACGGCUUUCAUCUCCAUCCUGUCAGACCCUGAUGAGUUGAGUCAGGAUGUGGCAUAAGGUCUUGGUCUAGUCUAUGAGAUGGGAGGAGAGGGAGACCAGCAGGAACUGGUGUCUACACUGGUUGAAACACUGAUGACUGGCAAGAGGGUGAAGCAUGCCGUGUCCGAGGACACCGAGGUGUUCCAGGGAGAGGCUCUGGGGAAAGCACCGGACGGACACGGACUCUCCACCUACAAGGAGCUGUGCUCAUUGGCCAGUGACCUCAACCAACCGGAUCUGGUCUACAAGUUCAUGAACCUAGCCAAUCACCACGCCAUGUGGAAUUCCCGCAAG